AGCGUCGCAGUCGUUAGAGGUGCGCGGCGUGAGCGUGAACUUGGAAGUGGGCUGUUUACUUGGUUCGCACGGCAACAAUCGAUAAGCGCCUUCCAAUUCGGCACGGCCUCCCAACUUUUCCAACCUGCGUCACUCGCGAAAGCUCCCGUCGCAUCACUGCCCACCCCACUACCCGAAGAGCUACCCUGGACGAAACGCGACUUCAACUCCAGCUAAGCCUAACUUUCAUCGAGACUUCCUGCAUCACGAUCGAUUCGCAGAAUCACACGCCGAAACCUAGACGACAACACCCUACCUAAUCUCCCUCCUGAAUAAGAGACGCAAAUCGCAAAGAUGAGCAAACCCGACCUCGUCUAUGCCGACGAGCGGCGCUUCCUCGACGAACGCGGCUCCUCGGCCUCUCUAGCCCCCAACGGCGAGAACCCAGCCACAAUCAUGGAAAAGGCCGUCCGCGAGCGCAUCAUCGACUCCUAUUUCUACAAAGAGCAGUGCUUCGCCGUCAACGAGGCGGAUAUCGUCGACCGCGUCGUCGAGCACGUCACCUUUAUAGGCGGCACCUCAGGCGUCACGCAGAAGCCCACGCCGUUCCUGUGCCUCGCUUUCAAGCUGCUGCAGCUCGCGCCGUCGGACGAGGUGCUGGAGACAUAUCUGAGUUUUGGCGGGGAGAAAUUCAAGUACCUGCGCGCGCUGGCGUGUUUCUACGUGCGCAUGACGAGGAAGGCAAAGGAUGUGUACCUGUUGCUGGAGCCGUUCUUGGAGGAUCGGAGGAAGUUGAGGCGGAAGGGGAGGGCGGGGACGAGUUUGACGUUCAUGGAUGACUUUGUGGAUGAUUUGUUGACCAAGACGAGGGUGUGCGCGACGAGUUUUAGGGAGUUGCCCAAGAGGGUUGACCUGGUUGAUUUGGGCGAGCUUGAGGAGAGGAUCAGUCCUUUAGGUGAUAUUGACGAGCUCUUGGAUGACGAGGAAGAGAACGAGGAGAAUGCAGGAGCGAAUGGGGCGGACGAGUCGGAAGGGGAGGUAGCUGAGGAUAGGAGCGGUGCUGGGGAGCCGAUGGAUGUGGAAAGGUCGAGGUCAAGAUCGAGGUCGAGAAGCAGAGACCGGUCUGCUUGAGUAUAUGGCGAUGGCGAAGAAUGAUACCCAGUCUCUUGCUUCUACUGAGCAGAGUACAAAAUAGACAAAAGCACGGUUUGGAUGCAUGAACCUUAUGGGCUAUAGUGCUUGAGGAAUCUAUAACUGAUCGAUGUAUCAUACAAUCAUGACUAAUCAUUUAGAGAUGCAAAAGACAAAAGAGUUCACCCCCCCGGUGCUGAACUGGGGGCUACAUCUCUGGCGCUCAUGCUGGGAUUCGAACUCGGGUACUCGCUAAGCCUGUCGUCGAG